CACAUCAGUGCAUCCACCAGCACAUCAAACACUGAGAUAAAAAGAAAUGUCCUGCCUCUCUGCUUUCAUCUGCUGUGUCAUUCUUCUUGUUGUCAACCCUGGUCAUGGUUCGGAGAUUAUCAAUGGGAAAGAAGUCAAAAAGCACUCCUUGCCUUUCAUGGCACUGCUGGAAACUAAGACCCCUGCCUGUGGAGGAGUUUUGAUUGAUCCGAAAUGGGUGCUGACUGCAGCCCACUGCACUGACAUUCAGAAAGUGUUGCUUGGGGUGCACUCCAUCAAAGAAAAUGAGAAGGCCUCCAGGCAGGUCCUGACGGUAAAAAGACAUGUUCCUCAUCCCUGCUACGAUCAGAAUGACAAAGUCAACGACCUUAUGUUGCUAAAGCUGAGCAAGCCGGCGAAGCAAACCGACACAGUGAAAAUGUUCAAACUGAACAAGGCCGCCAAAGAGCCUGCAGCCGGUACCAGUUGCAUGGUGGCCGGGUGGGGAAAAACAAACAACAACAUCAAUCGAAUGUCCGACGUCCUGAUGUCCGUGAAUGUGACCGUGAUCGACAGGGCCAAGUGCAACUCUCCUGACUACUACAACCUCAACCCCGUCAUCACCAGCAGGAUGAUCUGUGCCGGGUCAGACGGUAAAAGCAUUGCUGAUACCUGCCAUGGAGAUUCAGGAGGGCCUCUGUUGUGUAACGGAGAAUUAGUUGGGGUCACCUCUUUUGGGCGGAGGUGUGGAGAGAAGAAAAAGCCUGGCGUGUACGCCUAUGUGACGGAGAAGCAACUCAAGUGGAUCAAGAAGACGAUGAGCGGUGCUGACAUGUAGCUUUCUCUUCGAAUACCCCUGUCUAUUAAAGUGCAUUCUUUAUUGUAAAAAAUCCUUCUACAUUUUUUUGUCAAAUGGAAAAUAAACUAUCAAACCUUUGACC